UCUCAAGAUUAUUAUCUCCGUCGCACGUUAACUUCAAAUACAACUACUAUUCAAUCAAUUAAUUUCUUGAUACACUUACGCAGAAGUCGCUUCGCUACGCAACGAAUCGAAGUUACUUACAACUAGUUAAAAGUCCAACAGUUUGCUUCAGAAAACAGAACCAUGGACGGUCCAAAGGGAUCGUGUGAAGAGAGGCUAGCAGACAACUGCCAGUGCGAGGGAGAGGUCACAAUUAAAAGCAAGAGGCAUGGCAGGGGCGCCGUCGAAUCUGGACUUACACACGAAUGUGGCGUUUUCGGCGCCAUCGGCACCGGCGAGUGGCCCACUCAGGUCGACGUGGGGCAGGUCAUCUGUUUGGGACUCGUCGCCCUCCAGCACAGAGGCCAAGAAUCAGCCGGCAUAGUGACGUCAGAGGGCAAGAGCGCCCGCACAUUCAACUCGCACAAGGGCAUGGGCCUCAUCAACAACAUAUUCAACGACGAGGCCAUGAAAAAGCUCAAAGGGAACCUCGGUAUUGGUCACACCAGAUACUCGACGUCCGCAGCAUCUGAGGAGGUGAACUGCCAACCGUUCGUAGUGCACACGGCGCACGGCGCGCUCGCCGUGGCACACAACGGCGAACUCGUCAACUGCUCCAGUCUUAGGAAGAUGGUACUUGGCCGAGGCGUAGGCCUCUCCACACACUCGGACUCGGAGCUGAUCACACAGGCGCUGUGCCUCAACCCCCCUGAGGGCGAGACCGACGGCCCGGACUGGCCGGCUAGGAUCAACCAGCUCAUGAGGUUGGCGCCCCUCAGUUACUCCUUGGUAAUAAUGCUGAAAGACAAAAUAUACGCAGUGAGGGAUCCGUACGGCAACCGGCCGCUCUGCCUCGGCAAGAUUCUGCCCCUAGGCUCAUCAUAUGCCUACAAAAACUCAUCAGAACGCCAUAACGAGGUUUUGAUGAACGGCAGUUCUAAGAACGGCAUAGAUGAUAGAGCGGAAGGUUGGGUCGUGUCGUCAGAGUCGUGCGGAUUUUUGUCUAUUGGCGCCCGAUACGUACGCGAAGUGCUUCCCGGCGAGAUAGUGGAGAUGUCCCGACACGGAGUCCGCACUGUGGACGUGGUGGAGCGGCCCGCUGACAAGCAGCAAGCGUUCUGUAUAUUCGAGUAUGUGUACUUCGCGCGUGCCGACUCCAUGUUCGAAGGUCAAAUGGUGUACUCAGCGCGUAUGCAAUGCGGCCGUAUGCUGGCGCGAGAGUCGCCCGUCGACGCGGAUAUUGUGUCCUCGGUCCCAGAAUCCGGCACCGCUGCGGCGCACGGCUACGCUAGACAGUCCGGCAUUCCCUUCAUGGAAGUCCUGUGCAAGAACCGCUACGUAGGCCGCACGUUCAUCCAACCGUCCACCCGACUGCGCCAGUUAGGCGUGGCCAAGAAGUUCGGUGCUCUCUCAGAGAACGUCUAUGGCAAACGCAUUGUGCUCAUUGACGACUCUAUAGUGCGAGGGAACACUAUUGGACCGAUUAUUAAGCUGCUGAGAGACGCAGGAGCCGCUGAGGUGCACAUAAGAAUAGCGUCCCCGCCCCUGAAGUACCCAUGCUACAUGGGCAUCAACAUACCCACGCGUGAGGAACUCAUCGCGAACAAGAUGGAAGCACCAAAGCUCGCCAAACAUGUCGGUGCUGACAGUCUCGAAUACCUGAGCGUGGAGGGCCUCGUGAGCGCCAUCCAUUACAACAUGAAGUCGACGCCGAGCGACGGCGUGGGCGGUCACUGCACCGCCUGCCUCACCGGCGACUACCCCGGGGGCCUACCCGAGGCCGACUGGUGAACUGUAGGCUAGGCUCGAGUCCAUUAACCUUGGGCUUUGCGUGUCUUGGACGGUCAAUGUGUUACAACCCGAGCCUGUUUAAGGGACAUUAGUACAACUAGACCACUUUUACUGUUUCCUAAAAGUACAUAGUUUAGAAUCUAUUUUUGUACACAUUUUCCAUAUACACUGUGCCUUAUAUACUUUUUAAGUACACGUAUUUUUUAGAGUAAGGAAUUGUCGUGCUGGUUACGACAAAUGAAUAGACAUUAGUUUUGUUUAUUACAGUAAAUUUUUGUUAAAUUGAUAUCAGACGCAGUAUAAUAAUUGAUAUUAGCAAAGAGAAUUCUUUUCAUAACAUUGAUUUUGUUACGAAAAAGACUAUUAUUUUCGUAUACGUUACUUUGAAUGCUGGCUGUACAGUGAUUUGUAAAAGCCGUAAAGCUCUGGUUUCCUAGUAAAGCGGUGCCGUCUUAUAGCGAGCGUAAUACAGCGGUGAAUGACGUCACCAGAACGUUGUCUAUGUAAACAAAAUGGCGCGGUUUCCUAGAGGGCGUAACGUCAACAAGCGGUGCCGCCAUUUCCACGACGGCUGUCUUGACGGUGUCGAUAGUUUCGUGAACGUUUUUUUAAUAGCGGUGAAGCCAUUUUUACUAAAAUCUCAAAUGCACCAAGAGAUUUGAAUAAAUGAUGUUACGCACUACGAUUAUUUUCCUCUUCUGAUGAUAGUUCAUCCUCCAACGAAAUUAUUAAAGCUAAAUCAAGGUAAUCCAUUUUGUCUCCUGAAUACGUUUCGUUUGACGUUGGUGGCUGACGGUGUGUUAUGAUUAUGACGCCGUGGAACAUAAAAAUCUCACAAUGGUGACGACAUGUGGACAGUUCCACGGCGUCAUAAUCAUAACACACCGUCAGCCACCAACGUCAAACGAAACGUAUCCAGGGCGAAUUUAUCUUCAGCUUAAACAUAUUAACGGUCGCGCUGGUCGUCCCGAAGUGCAAAAAGAUAAAAGAAUUAUACAAGAAUAAGAAUUAGUGGAGUGUUUAAUAAAAUGGAUAAACAUCAAGACAAAGAAAAUGUAAGACAAGUAAAAGAAAGCGAAAACAAUUAGGUUCCCUGUACCCCUGGCACCUCUGCCACCUCUGCCGGCCCACUUGCUGAACAAAUUAAGGCUGAGACCCCCGAUGAAUACGUUAUCUGGCUCCAAUAGACUCAAUCAUAAUGUGCCCUCUUCAAAUUCGUUACGCGUGGCUGGCCCAAGCAAUUCAAAAAACAAAACCAAAAAGUCCUUUUCCCCUCACUAGCUCGGAAAGCCGUCUUUUAUCCUUUAAAACAAGCGGGGAAAAACGCAUUUUAUCCACUAAUGGGGAAAGUAAUUUGACCUUGGAUAGAGCGUGUUUAAGUAGGUUGACAGAUAACAAAACGUAAAACGCUUAUAAUAAUGGUUCGUUCGAUAUUAAUUAUUAUUAAAUAAAUGGUUUGAGAAUCUAAUAAAAAAUACCAGAUUUAGCUUUAUUUAAUGAUUUUAAGUCAUAAACCUUAAAAUUCCAUAAUAAACGUUUGUUUUAUAAUAAUUAUGUUAAAUAUAAUUCUGAACGCACGAGUUAAGUCGAUGCAAUUUUAAAACGCAUCAUUGACAUUUCAUACGUCAGAAAUGUCAACAUUGUCAACAAAAUUUUUACUUAAAAACUUCUCACGUAAAAGUACAGAAUUUCCAGAGUUUUUUGUUAUAAUAUCGUAAAAAAAUUAGUGAUUCCAGUUGAUGAAGAUGAUCUAACGCCUGUGGAUGUUGCACUUUCCUCUCUAUAGUGAGGGGAAAAGUUUUGAGUUACACACGGGUGCAAAUGUAUUUUACUUAUCGUAAACACUCGCGGGUAAAAUACAACUUUGCACCCUUGUAUAACAAAUAACUAUUUCAAAUUGACACUAGAUUCAUAACAGUGCGACGGUUGUGAAGACCGUAAAGACGGCCGUGUUUUCGCGUCCGCUAUACGACGGUUGACGGCCGCUGUGUGACGACACCGCUUUCAUAAGACAAUUAGGAAACCAGAGCUUUACGGACGCGACCUUGGUGCGGUGCGCACGUAUCGAUAAUGUGUAAGGUGGUCGCCAUACGUGCGUUAAGGACACAGCUAUAAGUUAGAAGAUAAAAUGUGGUAUUUAUAAAAAGGGACCUUAUUGUCGACGGCGCUUACGCCAUUAUUAACGAUGAUAUAAAUACAAUGCCGCGCGACGCUGUGCUAUCGACUAUAAGGUCCCUUUUUAUAGAAAAUGCCCCAUGUGUGAGUAUAUUGCUUUUCGCAAAAAUUAAACGAAAAUAUGACCUCACAACUGUAAUUUAUGAGUUCACCUAUCACAGGCAGUAGUUCGUCAGCCUUAACCGUCAGUAUAGCGGGGUAAAGAUCCCCCGCGUCCGUAGCCGGAGGGUCCCAAGUCCGCAGACCCUAGAUCAAACAUCACCUAGAGAUAAUAAGGUCCCUUUUCAUAGAAAAUGCCCCAUAUUUCGACGGCACUAAGGUCGCGGUCCGCUGCAGUAGUCAGUUACGGCUUUAAUGCUGCGUCUAGGCAACUGUCUGACCAGCGGCGAUAAAGCGGUUAGAGGUAGAUUAUAUAAGAAACGUACAUUUUAAUCAUUGGUCGGUGACUGUUUACAUUGCUGGCGAGUACAAUAUAGUGAGUAGUUUCCGUCGGUCAGGCAUUUGCCUUAAACUGUAGGAACUAUUGAUCUUAGAUAAUUCUCGAAUAGUUAGAUCUGACGUUAAGGUUCAUGUAUUUAAAUGUUUAAUAAAUAUAAUUAAUAAAUUACCAUGUCGACUUAUAAUUUUUAUACGUUUUGUUAAAAUUAUGGACCUUAACAGUUACAUGGCAUAGAAUUAUAUUACUGAUUGAUUAUCAGAUUCAUAUUAUUUAAUAUUAAGUCUAUUUUUUUUGCCAUUCCCUUGUUCGUCUGGCAAAUUGUUAUGUUUUAAUACAAAACUGGCGUGAAAUGAUUGAAAAAGCAAUCGACACAAAUAUUUUUUAUUUGAGAAGACCGUCUUAGAGCAAGAUCUUACAUAUUUGAAUACUUUACUUCACUCAGAAACAGUCAGAAAGAAAGCUUCGCUCCUUCUGCCCUAAUGACUUUCUGUAAGUAGAGCUCGGUUCUCCAUACAAACGUAGUUACGCUCUCAUUUUAAAACAACUAGCUAGAUUGCUCUGAAACUGUACUUACAAUAGGAUAAGGUAUAUCUAGGCCUGUAAUUAGUUUUUGCAGCUUCAGAUACAAUAGUAAAAAAAAAAUAGCUAAUUUAAGUUUUUCAUCAUACAAAACUUGUUUUUGCUUUAUUUCGUUUGUUUUAUAUACUAGAGCUAUAUAAACUAAUUACAGACCUAGAUAUACCUCAUGUCAUUGUAUUUGCAAAGUUUCAUUACAAUCCAACACGUAGUUUUAAAAUGAGAGCGAAACUUCGUUUGUAUGGGAAGGUGAAAUUCUGCCGAGCUUGCCGGGGAGUCUUAAAGUGAUGAAAGAUCUUGUGGACGGUCUUGUCUAAUAGAAUCUAUCAGAUAGUCGGUCUUCUCAACAUUUAUCUUACGUCAGUCAAAAUGCUUAUGUAUUAGUUUACUUUAUUUCAUUUACGCCUUUAGUGAAUCGAUGUGUAAAAUUGUAUAAAGGCUACGUAGGUAGUUGUAUCUUUAUUAUGUUUUCAACUCUAUAAACUGGCUAAUAUAGUAUAUAUUGGAAACGCGUUGCGUGCGAUCAGUUGACAGCAGGUGUGAAUUAAGUACAUUCCACCUAUUGGUAUAGAAUAUGUUCUACGACAUUAUUAUUGAGAAUGAAUUAAAAUCAUUUACUUAUUUGUAA